GGCCCCGGCACAGGCUCCCGCUCCAGGCAGGCCCCGACUCCGGACACCCGCCCCCAGCCUCCAGGUUUUGCCUCCUGAUAGGCCCCGUGCCCACGCCGCCGGGCCCCGGUACGGGCUCCCGCCCCAAGCAGGUCCCGCCUCCUGAUAAGUCCCGCCCCCACGCUGUCAGGUCCCGCCCGACAGGACCCGCCCCCCACGCCGCCUGGCCCCUCCCCAGGCCCCGCCCCACCGCUGCUGGCCGAGACCCCCAACCGGUGAAGGGGCGCGGGCUGCUUGGGGCUCCUGGCAUUCUGGACCCCUGAAGAGACCUGGGAUUUUCUUUCUUUUCGCCGCCCCACCUCCCACCACCAUCUCACCCCACCGCCAUGGAGAAGAGGCAGGAAAGAACGUUGACAAAUGGAGACACUGAGGCCGCUACAUGCCAGCGGGGGUUCCAGGCAAGGCAGAGGGUCCCCGAAGCCAGAAGCCAGGACACCCCCAGACAAAUGGUCCCUUCUCCCCACUGCCCAUGGCUGCCACCCUCCCAUCCAGACGACCUGUCCCCCCGCCUCUGCCCACAGGGCUGCCUCCUGCCCCUCCGGCCACCACAGUCCACCCUCCCCAGCAGCCCGAGGGAUCUUUCUAGAAGGCCUGACCAAGCCCUUCCCCUGCCAGGAGCCUCCCAGGCUGUCCUUCGAAUAAAGUCCAGGUUGCUUAUCAGACGUUCCGGCAGGCUUAUCACGCCGCAUCUCCCCGGCCGCACCCUGCCACGCUUAUCCCAGAGCUUCGCGCCCGCACCGGCCCCCAGCACCCGCCCCUCCUCCUCGUCCUCCAGGACCCCCACCCUGAAGCCCCUUGGAGCUACCGAAGGCUCCCGGGGUACCCAUCUGUGCUCCCCAGGGCUGCCAUGUGGACUCUGUUUGCACACGCCUCCCCCGUCCAACAUGGAGGGAGCCUCUACCCGGGGAACCUGCUGCCUUCCGGCCUCACUGGGGAACUGCCUUCUCUUGGGCUCAGUUUCCUCAUCUGCAAAGUGACAUCAUAGCCCCUUCCACCAAGGGUUACCCCACGGCCAGGCACGCAAUAAAUGCAGCAUGAUGUACCCAGGGGUGGGGAACAGGUAAGAGCAGUGUGAGCUCAACAGGCCCCAGGACGGGGAAGCUCUGAGAUGGGGGCCCAGACUUCAGGCCCUUUAGAAAUGAUGAUGACCUCAGCCUGAGACCAACAGAGAGAGAGAAAAUGGGGAGAAAGAGAGAGACAGAGAAAGAGAGGGGAGAAAGAAAGCGGAGAGGAGAGAGAGAGAGAAGACAGAGCAAGAGCCUCCCUAGGGAGGACCAUGAGAACUGAGACCUGGAGGCUAAGUAGGAAUCACUUUGUUGGAGGAAGGGGAAAGGGCAAAGGGAACAGGAGUUGCAAAGGCCCUGCGGCAGGAAGGAAGACUCGAAGAUAGGCUGGU